CAUCUUGAAUUGUCUCGAGCAGAAGCGGCAGCAGCAGCGGCGGCGGCGUCGGCGGACUUUGGAGGGGGGAAAUCAGCGCGUCCUAAUUUCGAAAGCCAUAUUAGUUACGAGGAUUAACGGGGUUUCCAGUGGUUGCACUCGUCAAAUGAGCAUAUUUUCUCGGGCAUAUUUCGAUGUGGACGUCUGUUGAAGAGCUUUAAGCGAAGAGCACCUCGCAGUUCGGCUCUGUUUUUGCAUUCUGGAGCGGCGGACCGAUCUUCGUCUGUGGCCUGGCUGCCUGGUUGGACUAUUAGGCAAUAUUCAGGCUACUGCGCGGAGUUGGGGGUGAAAAAUCGAUUUAUCCCACUCUGGUGUUGGGAAAUGGUCGCCAAUUUGACGUUUUCAUGCAAUGCGAAACAACUCACCGAGGACAAGUUUGAUUAGAGGACGGAGUGCGCUUGAUUUCCAGUUCGAUGGAGAUCGCCUCUGUCCGGUUCUGGCUCGGUUCCCUGUUCCGUUGCUCUGACAAAACAAUCGUUCCAACAAAGCCACGUUUGUUCGUUACGAUGCUCCAGCAUGCCAAACAUAUGCUAGUGUUGGCUUGAAUGCCAAGAAGAAAUCGCCUUCCAUUGCUCAUCUGUAAACGUGGAAAUACCAAAUUACCCCCCCCCCCCCCCCCCCUUUCGGACUAGUGAGGCUUGCAUUACCCGGGAUAUCUUUGGAUUUAUCUCGUUGUAAAGAUGUCCAACUUGCAGAGACAGACCUCCUCCUGACUCUGGCGCUGUGAGGAUUUUUUUGUCGUUUCUUCUUCUUAUUUUUUCUUGGAACUUUUUUAUUAUCUGAGGAUCAGAUUCGGAUGGAAAAUGGGAGACGCCACCAAACUGGCCCUCGCCGUUUUCCUCAUCUCCUGUUCUUCAGGUGGGUUUGGAGGCGCAAUCCUGGGACGUUCAGAGACUCAGGAGUGCAGCUACUACAACUCCAGCUGGGAAAAGGAACGUACCAACCGCAGCGGCAUUGAACCAUGCUAUGGCGAUAAGGACAAGCGGCUGCACUGCUUCGCUACAUGGAAAAAUAUUUCUGGCAGCGUGGAGGUAGUCAAGCAGGGCUGCUGGUUGGAUGACAUCAACUGCUACGACAGCAAUGAGUGCGUGGAGAGGAAGGAGAAUCCCGAUGUUUUCUUCUGCUGCUGUGAAGGCAACAUGUGCAAUGAGCGCUUCCUGUAUGCACCUGAUACACCCCCACAAAGCGACACACACCAGUCAACAGCCUACACCACAUCCAACCCCUUUUCCCAGAAGCCUCAGCUCUUCAGCACCCUGCUUUACUCCCUGGUUCCAAUCAUCGGACUGGCUGCUGUCGUCCUCUUCUCCUUCUGGAUGUGGCGCCACCACAAGUUGGCCUAUCCGGCAGCCCUCGUCCCUACACAUCACCCCUUUCACAUUAUGGUGGAGGAUCCUGGACCUUCGCCACCAUCUCCUAUCCUGGGACAUAAACCAUUGCAGCUGAUUGAGGUGAAGGCCAGGGGGCGCUUCGGCUGCGUAUGGAAGGCCCAGCUGCUUAGCGAAUAUGUGGCUGUGAAAAUCUUCCCAAUUCAGGACAAACUUUCAUGGCAGAAUGAGUACGAGAUUUACAGCAUGAGCGGCAUGAAGCACGAAAAUAUCCUACACUUCAUUGGCGUGGAAAAGAGGAACAACAACCUCGACUUGGAGUUGUGGCUCAUCACCACCUACCAUGACAAGGGCUCGCUGACAGAUUAUCUGAAGGCCAACGUGGUUUCCUGGAAUGAGCUCUGCCACAUCACUCAGACGGCUGCCCGAGGCCUGGCCUACCUCCACGAAGAUAUCCCAGGACACAAAGACGGACACAAGCCCUCCAUCGCUCACAGGGACAUCAAGAGCAAGAAUGUGCUCCUGAAGAACAACCUGACAGCUUGCAUUGCUGACUUUGGUCUUGCGCUUAAAUUUGAAGCUGGAAAAUCAGCAGGGGACACUCAUGGACAAGUGGGAACACGGCGUUACAUGGCUCCUGAGGUCCUCGAGGGAGCCAUUAACUUCCAGCGUGACUCAUUUUUGCGCAUUGACAUGUACGCCUUCGGGCUUGUCCUGUGGGAACUGGCGUCGCGAUGCACUGCUGCCGACGGCCCAGUAGACGAGUACAUGCUGCCGUUCGAGGAAGAGGUGGGUCAGCAUCCGUCUCUGGAGGACAUGCAGGAGGUGGUUGUGCAUAAGAAGCUGCGACCCUGCCUUCGAGACUGCUGGCAGAAACACACGGGUCUAGCCAUGCUCUGUGAAACAAUUGAGGACUGCUGGGACCAUGAGGCCGAGGCCCGACUGUCUGCCGGCUGCGUAGAGGAGCGUAUCGGCCAAAUGCAGCGACAGGCUCCCAUCAUCGGGCCUGAGGAGAUCGUCACCGUUGUCACCAUGGUGACCAAUGUGGACCUCCCACCCAAGGAGUCCAGCUUAUAAUCAGCCAACGCGCCGUUUUGGGUUGGGGGACCAGCCGACCCUGGUUGGUUGGCUGCAUUCUCCUUUUUCAGCCUGGUUUGUUCGUCAUUGAUUUUUGGUUUUUGUACCGGCCGCUACUCGCGCUCAGGACAUACCAUGUGCCCACCUCGCCACAUCAUUUGAUCCCCACCUCAUUUCAACGUGUGCCUGAGGAUUUAAACAGUUUAAACCAUUCAGGAUAUUGAUGAUGGAGCAAGCGAGUGACUGUGCCGCAACGACGAGAGACUCAACAAACAGUUCAGUUGGAUUAUGUUUUUAUAUACGUGGGAAGGUCAACUGGAUCUUCUACAGUGAGAAAAAACCUUGCAGAUGAAUUUCAUCAAACUCUCAAUGCAUUAAAAAAAAAGAAAGAAAAUGGGCAUGUGGCUCUUGAUAGUUUUGCUGUUUUUUGGGGGGGGAAGAAUCGACUAACAUUCUGCCAACAAGCAAUGGCUUUUGAAUGUUUAUAGUGUAAUGCUGCUGUACAUAGUGUAUUAUGGACCCAGUCAAGUUGUUAAUCCAUCUUAUUUUAAGGGGAUGGGGUGGAAAAGUGCCGGGGUGAUCCAUUUUUCAAGCAUUACGAUGAUUAAAAAAAAAAAAAAACAUAGACCUCCUUCAACCAGGUAUACCUCAGUUCAGAUGGACACAUUAGUCCCUCUCACUGUUCACAGUUACUGCUCACUCACCCUGUUCACAAGCUUCAUUGCAUUAUAACCCUUGUUGGUGCUCAUGGGUAACGUAGUCAGCAGACUCUCAGUAGACAUGGCUACACAUCAGCAAGUGUUUCCGCUCCUUUGAUUGUUGAUUAAAUACCUUGUCCUUUUUGUUAGUUCUGUUUAUUAUUUUCUAACAGUGGAUUAGUUUAGCACUGCCCCUUUGUGUUUGCUUCAAAAUCAGAAGGUAGCAGUCAAACUCUUGAGCACUGUCAAGUUUUUCCUUUCUUUUGUGAAAUCACUUAUGUGGUGUCUGAAUCUCUUUAUAUAGCCUGAUUGACACAGUAAAUAACCCCUUGUUUAUAGCCGAGGUAUCAGGUUCGAAGUGCGGUUUUGAGGAAGGUUCCAAAGGUACCAGCCCUGUUUUGGAAUUGUAUUCAGCAGAGCCAGCUCAAUUAUUUGUUUGAUUGCACACAUCUCAUUUGACUACUAUUAAGGGUUUUCCCUCUCUGUUUAUACGCCUCAGGAAUCUUUGCUACCCAUCUUCCUCACUGUCGCCCUUCUCAGACCAGAGUUCGUUGGGUCGUGACUUCCUGUGCUCCUCCUCACCUCAUCUUGACACUAAUGCUGGACAGAUAAGUCACAAGACUGCCGGUCUUUGUUCAAUUCAGGUUCUGGUUACGGUGUGAGUUCGCUGACCGAGGCAAUGUACCUGGUCUCGCUUUCAGCACUGCUUAUGACUUUUAACGGUGAGCCUUUUUCAUAGUCAAGUCAUCAGAGUAUUAACAAUCCAGGUUGGGUUCCCACCAAACAAAACUGCCAGUCAUGUGCCGUUUCCUGUUUUACUACCAUGUCGCCGCCCCAAACCAAAUACGUUGUGUCUGUGCCACCAUCAGAUGAGAGGAGACAGGGAGCGCAUCUUUCAUCCCGGUGCCAUUUCUUCUACCAUAGUUCCUCUUGUAGAUGUCAGGCCAAACGGAUGUAUAUUGUCGCUGUUGUGGUAGCAACAGUGACUUUUUUUCUUCUCAAACUUUUAUUUGCUCCGAUGGACAUCAAACACUGGUGCCGGUAAAACUGCAGUCUCUCCUCGAGCUUUGGGUUGGUUUCACAUGAUGCAGUUUGAAAUCAGCAGUUUGCCAUUUCAAAAGCAUCUAUAAAUGAGCAGCGCUGCCGAUCUUUCUUCCCCCCCCCCCCCUUCUUUCUGCCUUUAAUUCAAAUAAUGUUUUUUUAUGUAAAAUGGAGCCCAAGCUUGAAAUAAAACGUAUGCACAUUUCAGCAACAUAGUAGACCUGAAGGAAGUCAAAGCCAUCAAUGUACUUUGUUACUGUAGCAUAAUAGUUGCAUCAGUGCAACUUCCCUCUUCUUCUGCUGCUGUUCCUUGAUUGGCUUGUUGUUUAUUGCCCUCUGAAAGCCUGGACCCUUGAGCUAGGCGCUACACAUGGAUUUCAGGGGGUAGUAAGUAUGACAAGUAAACCAAAAUCCCCUGUCAAAGUUUUCACAAUUUCAAAUAGCUCAAGCUAUUUUAUUGUAACUCUCCUUAAAAUUUUAAAUUAUCUGCAAUUUGUGCUUGAAACCACAUCUUUCCAGUGGUAUUUCAGUGUUGGCAUGUGUAGUGGCUUUAAACUGCAUCAGUGAAACUGUCCCAAAACACCAUUCAGGGAUUCAGUACUAUGCUUUUCUAUGUUCUGGCAAGUUAUAUGCAACCAGUGCCGCAAUCGACUCAACACUUGAGCUGCAAGAGUGACUUUCAGUAUACACACAAAUAACUUGUAGCAUUUAAUUUAGAUUUUAAUCCUUGCAUAUUGAUGUUGUAUUUAUUUUUUACUUACAAACCUGAAGUUUGGGGCUCGUAGCUCAGGUGCAACUCAAAAGCUAUGAGCUGCCACGGGUUCUGCUUGUUGUUUGGUGGUAAGGGGUUGGGGAUGUCCUCACUCGUAAUUCAAUAAGUACUUUAGUUGAUUCUUUAAGAAAAGAUGCAAACUGCUUCCUACUCUCUAGUCUCUGGACAAAGAUGAAUGUUGUUGAGACUCCUGGGUUCUGGUGUGGCGUACUUUGACGGAUCAGGCGUUUCAGCUGACCAUCAUGUGAUUGUGCUGUUACGGUAGAAAACGGUAAAACUGAUAAGAGGUUCAUUCAUACAACUCUUGAUAAAACCAGAAUCAGAAAGUGGCUCAUUUGAGCCAACCACAGAAAGAAGCACUUCAGUUGUCUUUGUGAAGCACUUGACGAAUCCAAAAUGAAGUCAUAGGGGACAAUCUUUAAAACAGCUCGACUUCUGCGGCUCCGCUGUGCUCACUGCUCAAUCUGAACAUUUAAAUGUGUAUGAAUGGAUUUUCCUAACAGAAAAGCUUUACAUUUUUCUAUCCUGACUUCCUCCAGCCCAGCGGCUUACAUUGCUGUGCUUCUGAAUACCAGUGAAUCAUUUGUCUUGUUGCCCUGCUAUUUGAAACAGUCGAGGACCUGUACAGACAUGAGAACGUAUUAAAUCAACUAUAUACUCUGAGCUGACUCUUUAUAAGUGUGUGUGAAAAUCUGUGUUUCCUAUACAUUCAUUUAUACUACUUGUGUUUUGGUUUCAACUGUCCAUCACAAUUGAGCUUUGUGUAAGCUUGAGGCUUAUUGGAGUAUUUUGCAAGUAAUCCUAGAAAGCACUUAUAGUGGUGUUCCUCAGAGAACCUGUGCGGUUCCCCUGACAGUUGCAAUACUAUCUGAUGAAAUCAUCUGCUCCUGGUGUUCCAUUCCACCACCUCAACUUCCUGCUAGUCCCUGCUAUGUUGUUAAGAUUUCAAGAGGAAACAUUGAUCCAAUGACCUUGUUACCAAGACUGUAAAGGUUUGAAGUUACCAGGUCAGAAGUUUGAGGGGGGGAAAAAAAAAAAAAAGGAAAAACACUACAAGUUUAUGACCCCACUAUUCCUGAGGUUCUCUGAAUGAAAUGCAGCGCUGAUCAAAGGUAUGCAGCCUUUCAUCCUUGUUGCCCUUAGAAACACUUACAUGGGCUGUUUUUCUUUUGGGUCAAUGGUCAUCAAGAUAGAUACAAGAUGUAUAUUUUCGGUGACAAAAGGUAUGAAAGCCAUCAGAAACUUAGGACAUGCCCUGAACGAGACUAAACUGAUCUGUGAUCAGCGCUGUAACUCUGGUGUGAGCCGGUGGAUGUUUUUAAUCAGUUGAAGUGAUCCAUGUGAUGUAAAUAAAUGUUUCUAGAUUGUGAAA